GCUGUUGAUGUUUUAUUUUCAACAUGGCAGCCUCCAUGGUCUUGAAAUCUCGAGCUCUUAAAUUGGGGAGUGUUUCCAAAAGUCUUAAGCGAAUAAACCCGGAUCACCUCUCUGCAUGUGUGCUACAGCAUAGUGUGAGAACAUUCAGUGAUGUUCUCGGUGGGAAAACUACCAGGAUCGGAUAUGCGUCGGGGUUUUGGGGCGACACUUCUUGUGCAGCACCACAGCUUGUUCAUCACGGCCAACUGGACUUUCUGGUGUUUGAUUAUCUCUCUGAGAUCACCAUGUCGCUUCUCACAGCAGCCAAACACAAGAAACCGGAUCUGGGGUAUGCUCCAGAUUUCAUUCAGGCCGCGAUCGGCCCCCUGAUUAACGACAUCAAGAGCAAAGGCAUCCGCGUGGUGAGCAACGCGGGCGGGGUCAACCCCCACGCCUGCGCCGCAGCCAUACAGGAAGCCGCAAAGAAGGCUGGGAUUGACCUGAAGGUCGCCGUGGUGACCGGCGAUGACCUCAUGCACAAGAGAGGCGAUAUCAUUGCAUCUGGGACCAAAGACAUUGACUCUGGCAUCGCAGCUCCUAAGAGUCUGGUCAGCAUGAAUGCCUACCUAGGAGCUGGCCCUAUUACCAAAGCCCUAGACAUGGGGGCCGAUAUUGUAGUAACAGGGAGGUGUGUGGACAGUGCUGUGGUCCUAGGACCCCUCAUGCACACGUUUGGUUGGGACCCCACAGACUACACGCGUCUGGCCUCAGCCUCUCUGGCCGGUCACAUCGCCGAGUGUGGCGCGCAGGCUACCGGCGGCAUCUUCACGGACUGGCACCAGGUCGAAGGCUGGGACAACAUCGGCUUCCCCGUCGCGGAAUGCGCGGAGGACGGCCGAUUCGUCAUUACCAAACCCCCCAACACGGGCGGGCUGGUUUCCAAAGCCACCAUCGCCGAGCAGAUCGUGUACGAGCUGGGCGACCCCGGGCGGUACAUGCUGCCCGAUGUGAUAUGCGACUUCCGGAAUGUCACACUGCAAGAAAUUGAAGGUGAUCCCAAUGGAGCUGUUUUAGUGUCAGGAGCCAAAGGCUUACCACCAACCUCACAAUAUAAGGUGAGUGGUACGUAUGCUGAUGGCUUCCGAGCCACUGCGGUGGCGUCCAUCACCGGGCCAAAUGCAGCCGAGAAAGGCAGGAAGACCGCUCAAAGUAUUCUUAAAAGAACCAGAACCAUGUUCAAGCAUCUCAAGUUGAAGGACUACACGCAGACCAACAUUCAGAUCCUGGGUUCAGAGCAGACGUACGGUCCCCACGCUAGGGACGUCAACCCAAGGGAGGUCGUGUUGUGGAUGGCCUUAGAGCACUCGCAGCGUAAUGCACUGGAAAUCUUUGCCAGAGAGAUUGCUCCGGCCGGUACAGGAAUGGCACCAGGUCUGACGGGGAUUGUGGGAGGCAGACCCAGAGUAUCGCCAGUCUUGAAGCUGUUCUCAUUCCUGUAUCCAAAAGACCAAGUGCAGGCAACGGUUCAUCUCGAUGGCAAGGAAGAGACCAUCACCAUGUCAUCCACUGAUGCCUCCCCAGACUCGGUCCCAUCAGAUGAGUCUGAGGCACCAGCUGAGGAGACACUCCAAGGGGGAGAUCACAGCUACAGCCUGGGAGAGUUGGCCUACACGAGGAGCGGCGACAAGGGGAACAACGCAACAAUAGGUGUUAUAGCCAGGCAUCCCUCCUAUGUACCAUACCUUAGGAAGGCACUAACGUCAACUGCAGUGCAAGAAUAUUUCCAGCAUGUUAUAGAUCCUAAUACUGUUGAUCCAGUAUCGAGAUAUGAACUUCCCGGCAUCGAUGGCUUCAGCUUCCUGUUGAGGAAUUCUCUAGGUGGAGGGGGCGUGGCCUCGCUGAGGAGCGACCCUCAGGGCAAGGGCUACGGGCAGAUGCUUCUAGAUUUCCAAAUCACCAACGUGCCUGAUCUUCCGUCUCUGGCCGAGAAGUCAUGAAAUUAUAGAAAUUAGCUCAGAAGAUUUUGGAGAAAAAAAGUAGAAACAGUGACGGGGAAGUCAUUCCUCCAGUAGGAAAUCUUGCACGAAUGAAACUUUUGAAUGAAAAAUCUUGUAUGAAAGAAACUUUUGAAUGAAAUUGAACUUGUGAUUUGUUACGGGAAAACCAGCUCAAUUUAGCCAAAAUUGAAGCGAUGGACUUUGGAUUGUAUUUCUGAGUAACUAAGAAUGCACAAAUUGUAAAGGGACCAUAAUUCAUGUCAACGUGUUAUUUAUAAAAAAAAAGUUGGGAUUUUCAAAGUGUAUUUAUGAAACUUAAUCUGGUUGAACAAAGAAAUUGACUGGAGCAGAAGUUUGAACAAGAAAUUUUCAGAGCGCUGCGCGUUUCUCAACACAUUGAGAAAUCCAGUCCAUUGUUUGCAUCAUGUCAUGUGACCAAAGCUGUGCCACAAUUGCCGGCAACAUUAGCAAUGUUUUUCACAUUCAAAUGAACUUUCUUUCGAUUUUUUUUUUCAAAAAGGGAGUAAUUUAUUGGAGUGAUGUCUUUGUGAGGAGAGCAUGGACCAUAACAGUUUUAAAAUGAUCAUGAUUGUAAUCUCAAAACAGGGUUUUCAGUAAUGGCUUUGUGUCAAGUUUGACAGGUAAAAUAAUUUUAGAUACUUUUGAAAAGUUAUAAUUGGUAUUUCUGGUUGCCAUAUCAACCAGUGCACGUAUUCAGAUGAACCCCCAGCAAUUAACAAAAAGAUAUAUGCAAUUGUUAUUUUGAUAACAUAUCUCGCCAGUGUUUAACUGAUUGACUUUAAACGGAUGUAAAGGAUUUUGAAUAUAUUUCAAAAUGAGAGAGAAUUUAUUAAAAGAAGUUCUUUGUACUUUA